GUCUUUUUUUUUUUUUUUUGCGUCUUUGCCCUGGAAGGCGACUAUCCUAUCUCAGAUCUAUCUGUCCUGUAUCUGUAUCUGUAGGGCCCUCCCACCCCUGGUCAAGUUUGAUAGAGAUAGGUGAACCCUGCGUUGGCCUGCAUGUCGCGAUAUCGCGGGCAUCCUCCGACUCGAGCGGAGGGAAGGAUAGAGUUUCUCCCUCCCAAGGUGGCCCAGAUACGUUUUCGUAUCAUCUCUACUGAGGCUAUCUUCCAUCACUGCUCGUUUUCCGUGCCUUAUGAUGGAUGAUUGUGUGGUUUUUGAUCGCGGGCUUUGUUGUGCCUUGCGAUACUGGGGAGAUGGUACGACAUUGGUGGAAUAGCGUUGAAGAUCAUGGCGAGUCAGACAGACGUCUUGACUCUUGCGGGCUGACAAUACCCGCACAGGCGGGCAGGCUAGCAACUUGCAGAGUUGUUGAAUUGUCGUCUCUCCGGGAUAACAUUAACCACAUCGCACAGCCAAAGCAUGCGAUGUAUCGAUCAUUGGAGAAAUGAAUAGUGUUUACUAGCUGCUUGAGCCUAAGACGACCUACGAAUGCAGAGUAUUCUGUCAUAGGGAAGGAUGCUCUGCGGGAGGAAGCUCAUGAGCUUCGGUAUAAACCCGUCAUCACCUAGCUUCGACACCGGCGGAAUUACCGACCGGGGAGGAAAUGUUUUGACUUUUUUCUUGUUGGACUGUUGUUCGGCCGGGGAGAUUAAGGGCGGAGGAAUGGUUACUGCCGAGGGCCGGGCGGGUAACACGGGUAUUUCUUGAUCUUUGGUUUCGAGCGGGAUCGCUUCCGGGUCCGAGCAGAACAGUGCUGAGUAGCAGACGGAGACGCCGUUGAGCUUUGAUGCGGUCUGUUUUCCCUUGGGGAGGAUAGAAU